AUGAAAGAGGAAGUAAUUGAAAGGUAUAAAGAGUUCAUCGGGGAUAACGUGCUUUUCCAGAUACUUUUGGGAAACAAAAAAGCAGCAAAAAGAGGGCCAAAGAAGAUAAAGUUAGAUAAGAAAGAGCCUCGCAAAAACCGAAAAGAGGAAGACGAGUUUGGAAUGGACGACUCAGAGGCUUUCUUCUUCACGCACUCUCCUGCGUACAUAACAGGAACUCUGCGGCACUACCAGAUAGAAGGGCUCAACUGGCUUAUCAACAUGUACGAAAAAAACAUAAACUGCAUACUAGCCGACGAAAUGGGUCUGGGAAAAACUCUUCAGACCAUUUCUUUGCUGGGGUAUCUCUACUCCUCGAAGAAAAACAAACUGCCAAAUCUUCUGAUAGUCCCAAAGUCCACGCUGCAGAACUGGAAGAACGAGUUCAAGAAGUUUAUGCCAAACGUCAAAACAAUUAUCUUCCACUGCAGCAGAAAAGACAUCCGAGCGCGGGCAAAAGAGCUGCAGGAGCUCGACUACAUCGCAUGCAUCACAACGUAUGAGAUGUGUCUAGCAGGCAAAGCACAGCUGCAGACAGUUGACUGGCAGUACAUUGUGAUCGAUGAAGCGCACCGAAUAAAAAACGAGCAAACAAUCCUGAGCAAAGUGGUUCGGCUGAUUCCCUGCUCCCACCGCCUCCUUCUGACCGGUACUCCCCUGCAGAAUAAUAUCCACGAACUGUGGGCUCUGCUGAACUUCCUGGCUCCUGAAGUGUUCUCAGAUGGCGAAGCAUUUGAUGCGUGGGCCGAAUCGGCAUCGAAUGACUCCGAGAAUGAGACAGUUGAUAAGCUCAGAAACCUUCUCAGUCUCUUCAUCCUCAGAAGAGAGAAAGCAGACGUGGAGAAGUCUCUGCUUCCAAAAAAAAUUAUCAAUCUGUACUCACCGCUGACAGAUAUGCAGAGAAAAUGGUACAAAAUGAUUUUGGAAAAAGACGCAGAAAAUCUGGUAAAUGACGGGUCAAAGGUGCAGCUGAUGAACAUUGUCUGCCAGCUGAGGAAGUGCUGCAACCAUCCGUACUUGUUUGACGGGGCGGAGCCUGGCCCUCCGUACACCACAGGCGAGCACAUAGUGGAAAACAGCGGGAAACUGAUGAUACUCGACAAGCUCCUAGUGCAUCUGAAGCAGAAAGGAAGCAGAGUGCUUAUAUUCAGCCAAAUGACAAGGAUGCUCGACAUUUUGGAAGACUACUGCAACCUCAGGCAGCACGAAUACUGCAGAAUUGACGGAAGCACAAGCACAGAGGACAGAUGCGAGGCCAUAGAAGAGUUCAAUAAGCCAAAUAGUGAAAUUUUCAUAUUCCUGCUGAGCACGAGGGCAGGAGGGCUUGGAAUCAACCUGGCCACAGCUGAUGUGGUGAUAGUGUACGACAACGACUGGAAUCCACAGAUGGACCUGCAGGCACAGGACAGAGCGCACAGAAUAGGACAGAAGAAGCAAGUUUACGUGUUUAAUUUCCUGACUGAGAAUACGAUAGAAGAGAAAAUACUUGAAAGAGCGAUGAAGAAGCUGAAGCUGGACGAGAUAAUAGUGCAGAACGGAAAGAAGAAAGAUAACGCAAUCUCGCAGAACGAGCUGCUGGGCAUACUGGCAAGCGGAGUGGACAACGUGUUUGAUGGAGAGAAUAAGCUGGACAGAUCCAUCGAAGAGAUCAUCAGGAUAGGAAUGGAAAAAACAGACAUAAUGAACGCAAAGAUCGGAGAGCAGACAGUCCUGAAAGACCUGACAAAUAACGAAAUAAAAGUAUACGAAUGGGAGGGCGAAGACUACAGCGUAAAGAGCGCUAAAAUGAAACUGGCUAAGUACAUUGUAGCGCCAGAGGGCAGCAGAACCCGGGGAAUAACGCAGGGCAUUCUGACAAAAAGAAAGUCCAUUGGGAUAAGACAGUUCAAUCUGCCCGAGUACCAGUUCCAUCCGCAGAGACUGCACCAUCUCCAGAAAAAGGAGAUGGAAGAGUUCCAGAGAACAGGGUCAGCAGAGAACCUCCUUACCCGGGAGGAAGAAGGCGAGAAAAAAAUACUCUUUGAGCAGGGAUUCAAUAACUGGACAAAAAGAGACUUUUGGGGGUACAUCAGAGCGUGCGAGAAGUACGGAAGAGACGACUUGGAGAAAAUCAUGAGCGAGCUUCCUGAAAAGGAUGCAGAGGAGGUUAAGAAGUACGGGGAGGUGUUCUGGUCUCGAAUUGACGAGCUCUCUGACUCCGACAAGAUACAGAUACAAAUUCAGAAGGGAGAGCACAAGCUGGUUCGAACGCGAAAGAUAAAAGAGUAUCUAAAAGAAAAAAUCAAAAAAGAGGGCGCUAACUUCAAAGUGCCGUAUCCCAUCAGCAAUAAGUCCAUGGGAUUCACGGAAGACGCAGACCGGUUCAUUCUUCUGACGCUUAACAAGAAGAUAGACAGCCCGGGGUGCUACGAUGAGCUGUGGCACAAAAUCAGAGAAGUAAGCGAGUUUGCUUUUGAUUACUACCUGAAGAUAAGAACACCGCACGACCUGCAAAAGAGAGCGCAGUUUCUGUUCACUGGGCUGCUGAAAGACAAAAAAGGAAGUGCGCCUCCAGCACCUGAAAAUCAACUGUAG